AUGGGGUCCCCUAAUGAGCACAAGGCCAGGGGAUCUGUCCAGGCUUUACUGGUGGUCUGCAGCCCCCUGCAGGUCUUAGCGCAUGACCAUGUUAAUUUCAGCGUAUACGUGGAGAAUCAGACACGGGGUCGAGACGCCAUGAGUCGCCGGCAGCACAGAGUGUACCAGCUGUACAGCAGGACAAGUGGCAAACACGUGCAGGUGAUGGGGAGGAGAAUCAGUGCCAAGGGAGACGAUGGGGAUAAAUAUGCCCAGCUUGUUGUGGAGGCUGAUACUUUUGGAAGUCAGGUGAGAAUCCGUGGUAAAGAGACCAACUUCUACCUGUGCAUGAACCAUCGAGGCAAGCUUGUGGGGAAGAAGGCUAGUAAUCGCAGUGCAGACUGUGUCUUCGUUGAGAUGGUGUUGGAGAACCACUAUACAGCUCUGAUGUCAGCACGCUAUACGGGCUGGUACGUGGGCUUCACCAAGAGGGGGCGCCCCAGGAGAGGCCCUCAGACACUGCCCAACCAGCAGGACGUUCACUUCAUGAAGCGCCUGCCCCCCGGGGAGCAGCCCGACCUGCAGCCCUUCCGCUUCACCACGGUCAGCAAGAGAAGCAAGAAAGUGAGAGGGACCCGACCCACAGCCACUACAGCACCUACAUAGUCAAUGCCACACAACAUACCCAAAUGACUCGACAACUGUCCUCCCCUGUGUGAAUUGAAUGUAAGGAGUUUGCUGGGCUGAACCCAGGUAAAGACCUAACUAAGUGGUGCAUGGUACAAUAUGUGCAUCUAAAGACUUGGGAGCUAAACAAUCUGACCACAUCAGGGAAGAUGUUGUCCUUGCCCUUUUCCUCCCCAUUCCAGAGACAGUGUUGUCUCAAAGACUGUUGAAUUACAAUGUACAGUGCCAACCAUUCUAGUUAGGCCACAGAAGACAGCUAUACUCAGUGUUUGUUUCCAGAGGCACUAAAGUUGAGCUACCAAAGACGACUGAACCAUAGCGUUCAAUACCGAAUAUCCGUGUUUUCAACAUCCCAAAGACAACUGGUCAACUGUUCAGUACCAAACACCCGAACCACCAAAGGCGACUGUAGCUAGUACCCAACACAGAGGGACAGUCAAGGUUUCUCAAUGCAUUAUUUGUAUGUUUUGUCUUCAUAUGACUUAGGAGCUACUGUUCCUGCCUUUUCACUCAAUACAGAAAGCUGCUGUAACAUAGUAAGUACACUAUCUUCAGUCUUGUCUCGUAUGGAAAUAUUUAAGGAGAAUUGUUGAAACUAUAUGCAUUUUAUUACCAUUGUUAUUAUUACAAUUAUUUAUUUAACUUGAUGGUAUGAUAGCUGUUUUAGACCAAUGGUAUUGCCAAAUAGAAUACAAACAUAUGGUACUAAAUGUUACCGGUUUGCGAUAGUGUGAUACUCAUUAUCAAUAUGCUAAUCCACAAUUGUUUUUCUCUAAAAGAAAUGUAAAUACUCCGUGUUUGUGGACCAUACAGGAAAAGACUCGUAACCUAACCUUGACAUUGUAGGCACCAGACUCUGGGUCAUUGAGGUUCCAUAAAAAAAAAGUACAAGUGUCACUGGAAAUGGGAGCAUCUGCACAGCACACAGAAUAUGUGCCAAACCACAGUCCACUGAUUUAUCCCUUGGAAAACAAGCUGAGCCUAUAGUGACCUUCUCGAUGGAAUGCAGCUGCCAAUACAUAGAAUCAAUUCUGAUCAGGUUAAUACACGAGUUGAAAACUGAAUGGGAAAAUGAGCUAAAAAACAUGCAGGGAAUACCUACACGAACAUAUCUGAAUGUAUCUAGUGAGGAGUACAGCCCUUUCAUAACUGGAUCAAGGCCUCAACAGCCACACUCAUAACCAUGUCAUUUCCUGCAGCUGGGAUGUCUUUCCCAGGCAGGCAGCCUGCACAGCUCAGACAUGUGGGCACUAGUACGGAGGAGGGCGGGGCAGGAGGUAGUUUCUCACUGCCCAACACCAUGAAACAUUUUCUUGAGAGAAUGUGUGAGGCAGAGAAUGGGCUGGACGUGUGUGUGGAGGAAUGUGGGUUCCAGUGCAUUACUGCAUUCCUGAUCACCCUUUCUGGGUACCAGCAUUCCGUCUGCAGACUAACUUUGAUCCUCCCCUCGAUACACUACACACACACACACACUUUCCAAACACCAAUUCAGAGUUAAUAAUAUAUCCUAAAUUCUCUAGUUUCUUGCCAAUUUCCAGAGCCACACUCAUUAAACCAAAAAAUGUGAAACACACAACACAUCCUGCUGGUCAUUUUCAGACCAGGCCUCCCUCUCUAUAUCAAGAUUAAAUUUAAUAGACGAGCAAUGGGAGGUUCACUUCAAAUGAGUGGUGGUUUGGUCUGUACAUACAGUACCGAUGGCAUAGAUGCAUGAUACUGAACAAGUACAUUACUCACACUCUGGUUUACACUCCUUCACAUUCAAGUACUUUAUUCUUAUUAAUGUUUUGUUUUUUUCCUUUAAAAAAAUCUUUUCAUAAUAUACAACACCAUUUUAGACAAGACAAUUCUGUUUACAACUAAUUUCAGCUCAGUAAGGGGUCAUUCAGAACCUAGACAGGCAGCAAGAGGGGGACAGAACAGGACAGAGGGAGAGUAAGUAAAAGACGAACGCAGGGUAGAGAACUAAGGAUGAGAGGGGGUGAAUUUGAGAGGGGUUUGGAGAGAAGAAAAAUUCUUAGUACACUAACAAACUAAAUGAAUUGGGUCAAAAAUAAUACAAAAUAUAUAGAAAAACAUAAAUAGG